CAAAAAUAUAUCUCACAAACAGAUUUCAUCAUUAUCUAAUCUACCUACACAUGAAAAAUUCCUCCUCCAAAAAUGUCCACUCCCAAACUUCCCGCCAUCUCCCUCCUCCCCUCCCUUCCUACCCUCGAGCGCAUCAAGGUCUUAGACACACUCUUCGAGCCAUGUGACGCCCUCCACACCCUCUCCCUCUCCCUUCUCCAAACCCAAAAAUUCGAAUCCUACGACGACCUGAUUGCAAGCGUGGGUGUUCAGUUGACUGACCUAGCGGAAAGUCCAUCGACGAGUGACACGGAUUGGCUGGAUAAGAUCCUCGGUUCUCAUCCUAGACUUGGCGCAAAGAAGGUUGAUAGUGCGCAGUCGCAGGCUGAACAGGCGCAGUUGAAUACUGGAGGGGAGGAUGAGGGGAGGAAGCUGAAGGAUCUUAAUGAGGAGUAUGAGAAGGCGUUCCCGGGGUUGAUUUAUGUGGUUUUUGUUAAUGGACGUUCACGAGGAGAGAUUAUGGAGGAUAUGAGGUCGAGAAUUGAUAGAGGAGAUAUCAAGCUUGAGAGAAAGGAAGCUAUUAAAGCUAUGUGUGAUAUUGCAGCGGAUCGGGCUUUCAAAUUACAGCAAGCAUGAAGAACGCAGUUAUCAAAAUAUACUCAUGCAAUGUUAGUCCACAGGUCCCUACAAGAGGAAGAUAGGAGGCAAGUAGGGGGACGGGCAGUCCUCGUCGGGGUGACAGACUCCGUUCAGUAGCGAACCGGAGGGCAUUUGGAUAGGGUAUAUAUAUUCUACCCUGGACACUCUUUGGAAUACACAUCUUCAAGCCAAACUUUUGCAACACCUUCUUCUUACGUCUAAAUAUACCUUUGUUUACUUGUUCACCGGUACUAUACCGACAAAUUCCCUAUUUCAAUACUAG